UAAAUUCUAUGCGUUCUUUGGAUAGUUAAUUGGAAUUAAAAUGUGAUCAUGUUGAAACUGUUUAUCACGAAGUUUGUUUUCUUGAUAAUAUUUAUUGUCAAACUGGACCUCUUAGCCGCACAACUAAAAAAGACAUGGGUAUGCAUAUGCAUGGAAGAACUGUCUUCUAACCUUGAUGAUCCCCUCAUCAUUCAGAAUGCCGGUGAUGGAACAGAACGUCUAUUUGUUGGCGAGCAAAAGGGUGUAAUACAUAUACUCAACCAAAAUGGAGUUAAGUCUACAAAACCAUUCUUAAAUCUAACAGAUAAAGUCUUGAAUGGAGGUGAAAGAGGCUUACUUGGAUUGGCCUUUCAUCCUAACUUCAAGAAAAAUCGUCGUUUUUUUGUUUACUAUUCCAGUAGAGCUAAACCAAAAAACUCAUCAGAUGACCACGUAGCUCGUUUAUGCGAAUUCAGUGUAUCUCGACAGAAUCCAGGUAUUGCUGAUAAGUCGUCAGAAAAAUUAAUCAUGGAAAUACAACAACCAUUCAGUAAUCAUAAUGGAGGAGAGAUAAUAUUUGGAGACGACAGUUAUCUUUAUAUAUUUCUUGGUGAUGGAGGUUCUGGAGGAGACCCAAGAGGAUUUGCUCAAAAUACGCUAUCCUUACUGGGAAAGGUUUUGAGAAUAGACAUAAAUAAAAUUGGCAGCAGAAGGGGUUAUGUCAUACCGCCAGAUAACCCUUUUAUAAGGAAGCGACGGACCUUCAGACCAGAAAUAUAUGCUUACGGUGUCAGAAAUAUCUGGAGAUGCGGAAAGGAAUCAGGUAAAAAGAAUGGAAGAAUAAUGUGUGGUGAUGUUGGACAAAAUAGAUUCGAAGAAAUUGAUUUACUUCAAAAGGGAGCUAACUAUGGAUGGAAUGAUCGAGAAGGAUUUGAAUGUUUUAAGAAUAAGACGUGCGGAAAAACUGGACCGGAAGUUAAACCUGUAUUUGCCUACUCACACGACAUCGGAAGUUCAGUUAUCGGCGGUCAGUUUUACAGCGGAUGUCUAAACCCUAGACUACGUCGGUUUUACAUAUUCGGAGACUUUAUGAAUGGAAAAUUGUUCCGUCUGUUUGAGAAACCAAGGAAAAAGAAAUGGAAUGGACGAGAACUACGACUUUGUGAUUCAACACUGUGUUCUCCGCCUCUUACUAACACAUAUGAAAGUUAUAUAACAUCUUUUGGACUAGACGAAUCAGGAGAAGUAUACAUGGUGGCACGAGGUGGAACGAACUCUGGAAAGCUCUAUAGAAUUGUUGAUCCUGUGAGAAAUGGCGAUCCCAGAAAGUGCAAAGCAGCAAAAGCAUUGCAAACAAAAAGGAAAUACCUCAAAAAAGGAUAAGUUAAUCCAACCAAAGCAAGAAGACAUACCUCAUUUGUAUCAAAUUGCAAAUGAAAAGAAAUAACUAAAAGAUAAAUAAAUAAAUAUAGAUACAUCAUACUUGUAUGAUCGUAACAAAAGCA